AUGGGAGUUGUUUUAAGAUACGUGAACAAACAUGGAUGUGUUAUUGAAAGAUUUCUUGCUAUUGUACAUGUGUCUGAUACUUCUGCUAUUUCUUUGAAGAAGGCUAUUGAUGAAUUGUUUGCAAAACAUAAGUUGUCAUUAUCAAGAUUGAGAGGUCAAGGAUACGACGAAGCUUCAAAUAUGCAAGGUGAGUAUAAUGGAUUGAAGGCUCUCAUAUUGAAGGAAAAUUCAUCUGCAAGGUAUGUCCAUUGUUUUGCUCACCAACUUCAACUAGUUGUUGUUGUAGUUGCUAAAAGCAAUCGAAUUGUGAGUGAUUUCUUCCAAUAUGUUACUAUGAUUGUGAAUAUUACUGGUGCUUCAUGCAAAAGAAAAGAUAAGUUUAGACAACUUGAACAUGAUAAACUUGUAGAAUGUUUGGAGAAAGGAUAUAUUGUUAGUGGUAAAGGAAAAAAUCAGGAAAUCAAUUUAAAACGACCAGGGGAUACUUAUUGGGGUUCACAUUACAUGACUAUUAUCCGUUUGAUGUCUAUGUGGACUUCUGUUUUACAAGUGCUUGAAAAUGUGUAUGAUGAUGGCACUAAUGAUGAUAAUAAUGGUAUCGCCGCCAGUUUGAUUGAUAAGAUGGAGAGUUAUGAAUUUGUGUUUAUGAUGCAUUUGAUGAAAUCUUUAUUGGGAAUCACAAAUGAAUUGUCGCUUGCCUUACAACAAAAGGAUCAAAACAUUGUACUGGCUAUCAGUUUGAUCAAGACAAUGAAAGUUCGAUUACAAAAAUUGAGAAAGGAAGGAUGGGAGAAUCUUUUGGAUGUCGUCAACAAAUUUUAUAGUAACCAUAUGAUCCCAAUACUGAAUAUGGAAGAAAAUAUGAGAACUCGUGGUCGCAGCAGACAUAAUGGACAAAUGAUUACUAAUUUUCAUCACUAUCGUGUUGAAAUUUUUUAUGAGGUUCUUGAUACGAUGAUUCAAGAGAUGAAUAAUCGAUUUUCAGAAUUAAGUACGGAGGUACUUACUUGCAUUGCUUGCUUAGAUCCAAAGGACUCUUUUCCUCAAUUUAAUAUUGGUGAAUUUUCUAUAAUUGAAGAUUUGGGAAGUCUUGCUAAAAAGAUGGUUGAAACGGGCAAGAAUACAGUUUUUUCAUUGGUUUAUCGUUUGAUCGAGUUAACAUUGAUUUUACCAGUUGUAAUUGCUUCUGUUGAAAGGGUUUUUUCUGCUAUGAAAAUUAUCAAGACUGAUUUGCGUAAUAGGAUGGGGGAUGAGUGGAUGAAUGACAGUUUGGUAGUAUAUAUCGAGAAGGAUAUUUUUGCCACAAUUGAAAAUGAACAAAUUUUACAACAUUUUCAACAGAUGAAUACUCGUAGGAUACAGUUGCCUCCUCUUGUUUGUAUGUCCGGAUCUGGUACUAGUUCAAGUAUCAAAAAAUAA